UAAUCUGUUUCAAAAAAAUUUAAUUUUUUAUAUUUAGAAAUAAUUUAAUUUUAUGAGAUUAGUUACAAUCACACAAAUAUAUAAAAUUUGUUUUGAGCUAUAAAUUUCAAAACUCUAUGUCAAGUUAAAUGAUUUAUUUGUGUCAAGUUAAAUAGUGUAACAUAAAUUGAGACGGAUGGAGGAUUAAAGUUGUUAAAACAACAUGGACCCCCAAAACCCAACUUGCUCUAUAUUUUAUUUUCAUUAAAAAUAGAUCAAUUUUGUACCAUUCACACUUUUGUUUUGUCAAACUGAAAUUUUUCUGUUUGAGAUCAUAAGCAAGAUGGAAGAUGAAUACAUUAGGAGACACCAUAAACAUGUGGUUAACGACAAUCAGUGCAACUCUUCACUUGUUAAACGCAUUAAAGCUCCUGUUAAUCUUGUAUGGUCAUUGGUGAGAAGGUUUGAUCAACCACAAAGGUACAAACCAUUCGUGAGCAGGUGCGUAGUGCAAGGGGACCUUGAAAUUGGGAGUGUGAGAGAAGUGAAUGUACGGUCGGGUCUUCCAGCCACCACCAGCAAGGAGAGGUUAGAGCUUCUAGAUGAUGAGGAGCACAUCUUUGGCGUAAAGAUUGUUGGUGGAGAUCACAGGCUUAGGAACUACUCCUCGAUUAUCACUGUUCAUCCUGAGGUCAUUGAUGGGAGACCUGGAACAAUUGUGAUCGAGUCAUUUGUAGUAGAUGUACCAGACGGGAAUACCAAGGAUGAAACAUGCUUCUUUGUGGAGGCCCUCAUCCGGUGUAACCUCAAAUCGCUAGCUGAUGUGUCAGAGCGUUUGGCGGUGCAGGGCCAUACCGAGCCUAUUGAUAGAAUGUAGCUUCACAGUUUUUGCAAAUGCAGUAGCGUGGGCAUAUACGUCUUUGCUGCUGGAGCAUACAUGGAUUUUGCUUAGAAGGUGAGUAGAGUGAUGGGUAUUGUGCUUGUCCUCCUUGAUCUCAGGCGAGCGUGUGUAUAUAUAUUUUAUAUUGAUGCUUCCUUUAAUCAUCUGAUGGUCACCUCUGUUCGUAAAACCGGAUUAUUCUUGCAAUGGCUAUUUCACAUUUUGAAGAACCAGUACUGAUUCUGGCAGUGCGAAGUAUUGAGCCUUGGUUGUAAAUAUAUGCUACGCUACUGGAUGAGCUUUUGUUGUCAUAAGAAUCAUGUGCUACUCUGCUGUGGCAAAGGUGCGCUAUACACUUGUAUCAUUUAGAGGCUGGUGUGCUAAUGGUAUUCCCUA